AAUAUAUUUCAAUUAUCGCCCAUCACACGUGAGAUAAUACGAAUCAAGUAAAAAGAUAGGAGUCUCCGUUAAACCUAUAGUGUAUUUAAAAUGGCAACUGGAGAUUCUCAAACUAAACCCCAAAAUUACACGGAUGAAGAGAGAAAUGAACUUAUCGAUCAAAUUAAUAAGGAUUUUGAUGAAUUUCUAGAAAAAAAAUUGGCAACAUCAAAAGGCAAUAGUGCUUUAGAAGAUAAGCCUAUCGAAGAACUUUUAGCUGAACUAGACAGACAUCCAGCCUUCAUGAAAGAAAUAAAGCCGAGUGAUGUGGACAACGAGUACGUUCAAGCUCUUAUGAGUUUAAAAUAUGAAACAGAGGAUACUCGAGAAAAUGCUGAAAGUUAUAAAGAAGAAGGAAAUAGACAUUUUAAACUCAAGAAGUAUAAAUGGGCAAUAGAUAAUUAUACGGCAGGUAUUGAAGAAAAAUGUCCGGACAAGGAUUUAAAUGCUAUUUUAUAUUCAAAUCGAGCAGCAGCUAAUUAUCACCGAGGUAAUUACGGUUCAGCUUUACGAGAUGCUUCCUUGGCACGUAAGUUUAAGAAGGAUCACAUGAAAGCUGUAAUAAAGGGAGCAGAGUGUUGUAUAAAGUUAUCUAGAUUCGAUGACGCUAUGGAAUGGUGUAAAUAUGGCCUGUUGUUAGAUGAAUCGCAAGAAAAAAUACAAAAACUCAACGAAGAAGCCAAAACAAAAUUGAUAGAGAAAAAUAAAAAAGAGAGAAAAGCUAUAGCCGAAAGAAAGAGACUAUUAAGGAAAAAGACUGACUUAAUGUCGGCUAUAAAAACAAGAGGCAUAAGAUUAACCAUGGACGGAAAUGUUGUUGAUCUAUCAAAUGAAGAGCAAAUAGAGAAAGUCGACUUGGAGAAUUGUCAUUCCGGAGUAUCUGUCUAUCUUUCUGAAGAUGGUAGCAUGGUUUGGCCUGUAAUGUUUUUAUAUCCAGAGUAUGGUCAAACUGACUUUAUACAAGAGUUCCAAGAAGCUGAUUCUUUCGCUGACCAUUUAAAAGUAAUAUUUGCUAAAGAUUGCGAACCACCCCCUUGGGAUACUGAAUUUAAGUAUAAAUAUAAUAAUUUAGAGAUUUUUUUUGAAAACAAGGACGAAAGAAAAUUGUAUAAAAUUCGACCGUCGAUGAAAUUAUUGGAAGCCUUGAAAAUGAAAAAAUUCUUUGUUGAGGAUGGAACUCCGGCUUUUAUUUUACUACCUAAAAACAGUUCAUUUAGUGAGGAUUUUCUUAAGAAAUACAAAUUUGAAACUUGA